GAAAUUUGAUUUUCUUUCUGAUUCGCAAUCAUUUCCUCUAAAAGGAUAAACAUCAUGACUGAUCUUUUUCUCAUCGAAUUUUUCUAAUUAUUGUUAAUUACUAUUCUCCCAUGGAACUAAUUGCCUCACAUAUUGUUUCGAUUGGGAUUUUAAUCUCAAUUGGUUAUAAUGUUUCAUCUUCUCCUAAUCUUGGAUGGAAACAAUUUCCAAUGUUGAUGCCAAAUGUUCAACCAAAUAAGAAAGAUUCAUACCUUUGUACAGCGUUUAAAAUGCCAAGAUAUGAGACUGAAUAUAUUGUGGAAUUCAUUCCGAAUGCAACUAUGGCAACGGCUCAUCAUAUUCUCAUCUAUGGUUGCCAAUUACCAGGUUAUUACGAACGUGACACCCCUCGAGCGGUUUGGGAAUGUGGAGAAAUGGCUGGAGGGGUUGACGGUAAUUCACCUUACAAACGAGCUGCCGUUUGUAAAGGAGUCCAAUCAAUUAUUUACGCUUGGGCCAUGGAUGCACCUAAAUUGGUUCUACCUGAAAAAGUUGGCUUCAAAGUCGGAAAAGAAACGGAAAUCUCUUUCCUAAUCCUUCAAGUUCACUAUGCUCAUGUUGAUCGUUUCCUAAAUGGUGACUAUGAUCAAUCGGGAAUUAUUUUAUCCAUGGUUCCAGGUAUCACAAAGACGGUUACAAAACGAGCCGGAGUACUACUUUUAGGAACUUUAGGUCACAUUCAAGCCCGAUCAACGGAACACAUGGAAACCUCAUGUAGAAUUAAUCAGCCAAUUGUGAUGCAUCCAUUUGCUUUUCGUACUCACACUCAUAAACUCGGUAAACUUGUUACCGGUUGGCUUAUCAAAGAUGGAGAAUGGAAACUAAUUGGAAAACGAGAUCCACAAAAACCUCAGAUGUUCUAUCCCAUAAAAAAUGACUCCAUUGUUAUAAAGCAGAAUGAUGUUGUUGCUGCGAGAUGUACAAUGGAAAACUAUCUAUCACAUCCUGUUUCCGUUGGACCCACUGGAGAUGAUGAAAUGUGUAACUUUUACAUAAUGUUCUGGGUCGACGGAGAUGAUGAUUUAGAACAAAAAUAUUGCUUCUCCUCUGGACCUCCAACAUAUUAUUGGUCUCAAGAUCCAUUGAUAGGAAAAGUACCCUUGUCCAUCGACAAGAAAGCGAGUAACAUCAAUUAGAAUCGAUCAUUAAUCCGAUAGGACGAAUUUCAAAUUCUCAAUGUCGAAGAAAAAAAAACAACAACAACAAAAACAAUUGCCAUUCUCCUUGGGGCAUGAAAUAAUCAAAAGAAAACUCUUUUAUCAUUGUCAACAAUCAUUCUUCAGGCUUCAUCAUCAUUCCCACUUGAUGAUUUUCUUUGACAAGACUAAAAGAUUCAAAUCUGAUGAACUCAUUGAACCUCAUCUCCUGAUAUCUCAUCAUGUUUCCUUCAUCACAAUUGAUUCUUGAAAUGAAUUUUCAAAAGAUUAUCAUAUAUCCAAAGCUAACUCCAAAUCUAUUAUCCAUCUCAACUAAACCAAAUCUGCUUUUGACCUCAGGGUCUAUUGGUGUCUUAUGGUCAAUUAUUUCAUCAUUCAAAAACUUUUAUUUAUGGAUUAACUGUUAAUUGUUAAUAACUGCGAAUUUAAAUUAUAUUCUAACUGUUGAAAUUGUAAAGAUUGUGAUUAAUCUACCAUGACUUAACCAAUGUUAUUAUUUGACAAUCAUUAUUGUUUAUCAUUUGAUUCAUCAAACACAAUUAACUUGUUUUCAAUGAGCUAUUAACUUUUCUAAUCCAAUUGUUAUAAAAUUGUCCAUUUUUAUUGACAA